GGCGGAAUCCGCGCAGUCUCCGAAUGGCCGCUGAGAGAGCACCGGAAGCGAUGCCUGUUCCUUAAGUCAGCGACGACGCUAGUUGACCCACCAAGCACCACAACUUAGUUGGCCGCAGUUGGACGUGGCUGCCCCCCACCCCGCGGCAGCGCAAUCCCCGCCAGGCGCGAAGGCGUGGCCAUAAAGUGCGCUUGCGCUGAGCCCUGGGCGGAGCCUUCCCCGAGGACUGCGUGUGCGCCCCCUGGCUGUGUAGAUCCUGAGCGGCAGUUUGGCUUCACACCGCGAGGCACGUUCGGACUGCGCCUGCGUGUGACGUCAUCCCGGGGCGGGAUCCACUCUUCAGCCCGUUCGUGCGCACUACGCUUGCGCGGGUGGAGGGCGGUGGCACGGGUUGGGACCUCACGCCCCUCUGCGGCGCGGACGCUAAAUUCAACGGAGAAACACAACCGAGAAAUGGACGGGAAAAUGAAAUAAUGAAAGCAUCAGUUAUGAGGCAGUGCUUAAGUGAACUAUGGCGACACCAGCUGACUGUCCCCAAAGUGAAUUGCAGGUAACUGUGGUUCUGGAGCAGGAAGAGGAGCCCACGGGGUUUGGUGAGGCCCAGCUCCUACAGGAGAGUGUGCAGCCACAGCCAGAAGAGUUUGUGGCCAUCGCGGACUAUGCUGCCACUGACGAGACCCAGCUCAGUUUUUUGAGGGGAGAAAAAAUUCUUAUCCUGAGACAAACCACAGCCGACUGGUGGUGGGGUGAGCGGGCAGGCUGCUGUGGGUACAUCCCGGCGAACCACGUGGGGAGGCAGGUGGAGGAGUAUGACCCUGAGGACACAUGGCAGGAUGAGGAGUACUUCGGCAGCUACGGGACUCUGAAACUUCAUUUGGAAAUGUUGGCAGACCAACCACGGACAACAAAGUACCACAGUGUCAUCCUGCAGAACAAGGAAUCCCUGAAGGGCAAGGUUAUCCUGGAUGUUGGCUGUGGCACUGGCAUCAUCAGCCUAUUUUGUGCACACCAUGCACGGCCCAAGGCGGUAUAUGCUGUGGAGGCAAGUGAAAUGGCACAGCACACGGGCCAGCUGGUCCUGCAGAAUGGCUUUGCUGACACCAUCACUGUGUUCCAGCAGAAGGUGGAGGAUGUUGUGCUGCCUGAGAAAGUAGACGUGCUGGUGUCCGAGUGGAUGGGGACCUGCCUACUGUUUGAGUUCAUGAUUGAGUCCAUCUUAUAUGCCCGGGAUGCGUGGCUGAAGGAGGAUGGGGUCAUCUGGCCGACCACGGCUGCCCUGCAUCUGGUGCCCUGCAGCGCUGACAAGGAUUACCACAGCAAGGUGCUCUUCUGGGACAACGCCUAUGAGUUCAAUCUCAGUGCGCUCAAAUCUUUAGCAAUCAAGGAAUUUUUUUCAAAGCCCAAGUAUAAUCACAUUCUGAAGCCAGAAGACUGUCUCUCUGAGCCCUGCACCAUACUGCAAUUGGACAUGAGAACCGUGCAGAUCUCUGAUGUAGAGACCAUGCGUGGGGAGCUGCACUUUGACAUCCAGAAGUCUGGAACCCUGCAUGGCUUCACAGCUUGGUUCAGUGUGCACUUCCAGAGCUUGGAGGAGGGCCAGCCACAGCAGGUGCUGAGCACUGGCCCGCUGCACCCCACCACACACUGGAAACAGACCUUGUUUAUGAUGGAUGACCCAGUCCCAGUCCACCGGGGAGACGGUCACAGGUUCCGUUGUGUUGCAAAGAAACCCGGUAUGGAGAAGGCACAUGUCGGUCACUCUGAGCUGGGCUGUGACUUCCAGACAAGACCCCACAUCUCAAAAAGUUGGAGAGAAAGUCUUCCCAAUCUGGAGAUAACAGUCGAUGAGCUGCUGAGGAAGCACGGUUAAGCCAUUAUCAGGCUAAAAGGAGAUACUGCUGACCAAGACAAGAAAGAUCCGGCUGCUUGCAGAACAAAAGAAGAGGUGAGCUUUUGUGGAUUUUCACGGGAUGGCUAAUGUCUAGUAAUUUCCACUGGCUGGAGCACGGUUCCCGAAAAUACUUCAUCUUAUGUUAGAUUUGGUCCACAGGGUGGUCGUGGUCAAGCCAUCCUAGAGGCAGUUGAAAUUUUGUGUAAUUGGCAUUAUUGUCCAGUGCAAAAAAAAUCUUAGCAGUUUGAUCUGGGCCCCAAGGACUUUAGGUGAUUAUCUGCUGUGGCUGUUGACAAAGCAUAAGGAUGGGGACAGAAAGGAGAGAGAGAAAGAAAACACAAGUUCCAGUGGGCAACAGGUCAAUUUAACUCCACGUUAUACUCUUGAUUCAAACAUUUUAAAAUGACCAACAUCAAAAUAGACUGUGGAGAUGGGAAGGGGAUCUAAAGAUGGGGGAGCUGUGUGGGAGGGCAAAGGAGGUAAAAAGGAUCAAGAUGCAAUGUGUAUGUGCCAGUACCCCAUGAUGAAUGUAUUUAUUAUGUAUCAAAAACAUCUACUAAUAAAGAAGUGGGAAAAAAAUGGUCAACAUGUUUGCAUGCAGACCCAAGUAGGAUCUCACCCAAGGGGUUAACAGAACAAAGGACAUAAUAUGAAGACAAUAUUGUCAACCUUUAUCCUAGUUUAGUCACCUGUCUCUGUAGGUUUAAGUAAAGGAUCAGUAUUCUUAACAAAAGUGCCCUUCCAGUCCUCAGAAGUAACCAGACAACUGAUGUCUUAACUCAUGUCAAACCUAGUAGCAAACUCAUAAUUUAUAGUGCAGCCAUG